AGUGAACGUCACACUUCAGUUUAAGUUUUUUUUCAGUGUCGCUCCUCGAAGUGGUGAGAAGAAGAGAGAGAGAGAGUAGAAACCCUAGCUCCGAUCGAACGUUCAAGAAAUUAAUCUCCGAUGGAACCCGACGAGGAUUUAGGGCAAAUAGCUGACGAGAUCUACGCCAACGGCGAUGAGACCUCGCAGCGUCACCGGCCGAUUAUCAGCGGCGAGCAGCUGGAUAUUGAGUUGUACGCCGCCUUAUACAGCGGCCGAACAAAAAUUAUGAGGCUUCUCUUCAUAGCUGAUCGAUGUGGCAAUGCUUCAAUGCAAUUGGAGGCUUUGAGAAUGGCCUAUGAUGAGAUUAAGAAAGGGGAGAACACGCAAUUGUUCCGUGAGGUUGUACAGAAGAUUGAUGGACGUUUAGGCCCUAAUUAUGGGCCGGACCCUGCUUGGUCCGAUGCUGUGGAUCGUCGGGCUGAGCUGAGGAAAGAGAAGCUUGAGAACGAACUCAACGCUUAUAGGACAAAUCUGAUCAAAGAGAGCAUUAGGAUGGGAUACAACGAUUUUGGAGAUUUCUACUAUGCACAUGGACAGCUUGGAGAGGCAUUUAAGAAUUAUGUUCGUACACGUGAUUAUUGCACGACUGCAAAGCACAUAAUUCAUAUGUGUUUGAAUGCAAUUCUGGUCAGCAUUGAGAUGGGCCAGUUCACACACGUUGCAAGCUAUGUUAGCAAGGCGGAGCAGAGCCAAGAUGCUCUGGAAAGUCUUACAGUUGCAAAACUUCGUUGUGCUGCUGGGUUGGCUAACUUGGAGGCAAAGAAGUAUAAGCUUGCUGCUCGAAAGUUCCUGGAAGUUGGUCCAGAAUUAGGUAACAACUACACUGAAGUUAUUGCACCACAAGAUGUUGCUACUUAUGGUGGACUUUGUGCACUUGCAAGUUUUGACCGAGCAGAGCUGAAGAGCAAAGUUAUUGACAAUAUUAACUUCAGGAAUUUCUUGGAGCUGGUACCUGAGAUAAGGGAGCUCAUUCAUGAUUUCUACACAAGUCACUAUGCUACUUGUCUGGAGUAUCUAGGAAAUCUUAAAGCAAAUCUGUUGCUUGACAUCCAUUUGCAUGACCAUGUCGAGACGCUGUAUGAUCAAAUCCGUAACAAAGCUUUAAUCCAGUACACCCACCCAUUUGUCUCGGUUGAUUUGAAUAUGAUGGCCAAUGCUUUCAAGACGAGCGUUGCAGGUUUGGAGAAGGAACUUGAAGCUUUGAUCACUGACAACCAAAUACAGGCUCGAAUCGACUCGCACAACAAAAUUUUAUAUGCACGGCAUGCUGAUCAGAGAAAUGCAACCUUUCAGAAGGUGCUGCAGACAGGCAGGGAAUUCGACCGGGAUGUCAGAUCAAUGCUUUUGAGAGCAAACCUUCUCAAGCAUGACCACAUCCUUAGAGCCUCAAGGAAACAUUGAAAAUGAAUAAGGAGGGCGGUAGCAGUUUUGUUUGCCUUAAUAUGAAGUUAGGUCUGUUGCAUGAAGUUGACCAUUGUCGAAAGAGGUUGGAUUGAGAAGUUUUUCAGGAUAAUAGUGGAUUGCUGUUCAUAUUAUAGAUUUACCAGAUGAUGGAAAAGUAUAUAUUUUUUGCCUGAUCUACUUCCUGCAACCUUUCUUGGUGAUGUGUCAUCAUCAAUGAAUGCUAAUCCAUUUACUACCUUGUUCUUUUGGUUCCCUUUAAAAUUUAAGAUACAACAUUCCAUAUUUCCAUCUAGCCUAUUAUUGUAUUCGUCAACGACUUAUAGUCUCAUUGGCCAUCAG